GGAAAACAUUGCACAACGGGCUUGCAGCGUACGUCUGAACGAGCCAUUCUUGUAAAAAAAUUAAAAAAUAAAUACCCCUUAGACUACCACUACUCGAAAUAAACACACCGAAGUGUUUCUUUGGGUGAAACAGUUUAGAAAUAUAAGUUUAUGACACUUUUGUAAACUGUUCGUAGUAGCCCGUAAUUUCUAAUUUACGCGUGGAGGUAAGCAUGGAAUGGCCAGUCGAGGAGUUCGAAGUGAAUGUGAAGCCGCCAAAGCGCCUCCGCAUCGUGCAAAAUGCAGCAGAAACAGCACUGGAAGGGCAGGAGAAGCGCCAGGGUGCAGUUGACGUGAGUAUCAUCAUGCCUGUGUAUAAUGCCUCCUGUUGGCUAGAUGAGUGUCUGCAAGCAAUAUUGGACCAAGAUUUCACCGGCACUAUGGAACUAUCCGUUUUUGACGACGCCAGCACCGAUAACUCCAGAAAGGUGGUGGAGACUUGGAGGGAGAGGUUGGAGGGAAGGGACAUCUCACUGGUGUUCAGUGGCCAUAACUCGGACCAACCAAGAGGGGUGGGAUAUGCUAAAAAUAAGGCCGUGGCGCAGAGCUGUGGAAAAUACUUGUGCUUCCAGGAUGCGGAUGACAUCAUGUUGCCCCAAAGAGUUCGGCUGCAGUACGAGGCGUCUGUCCUCCACUCAAGCUCUUUGAUAGGCUGUAAAGUUCGGAGGCUUCCAGAGGGAUCCACGCAACGCUACACCCGCUGGAUCAACACAAUCACUCAAGAUCAACUCCUCACGCAAGUAUAUACAUCCCAUGGACCGACAGUCAUCAUGCCGACUUGGUUCUGCUCAAGAGACUGGUUCUCAACUGUUGGAUGGUUCAGCGAGGAGAGCAAGGGAGUCCCUGAGGACUUGAUCUUCUUUUACCAGAGUCUUCGUCAAGGAGGACUUGUGAUCAGAGUUGACCACUGCCUUGUGGUGUACCGUUACCACGAGAAGGCCACCACACACUCCGUGAAAGACUGCCCAUCGCCAUCCCGGAUUCCAUCAGCUCAACCCACACAUGCAAUCCAACAUUUUUGCCUAGAAUAUGUUCAGAAAAGUCCCAAUUUCUCUCUCCUUUCACUUUUCUUGAUGUGCUUCUUACUAUGUCUCACGUGUACCUCGUACUUCACCAAUGCUCGCUCCUCUCUGUCAUCGUCUAUUAUCCAUCUUAUUUUGGGAAGCCUAUUUCAAGCUUGCCUACUUUCCACCCAACCCCCACAACUCCUUGACACUGCCUCCCCGUUCGCUACUUCCGUUGACAAGUGAAAGCAUCAUCUUCCACAACCUUGCGCACAUCAAGUAAUUAUAGCCCACGUUUGUGAGGUGUGAAAUGCUUUGAAAAAAAAAAAAACUUAAGAUGGUGACAAAGGCGCACCGAGAUGAUUGGCUAAGCACACGAAGACGGGAAUUUAUGAACGUGAUUGCGUGUGCGUUAUGGGAAAUCUGUGAGCGUGUUGAUGAGCCGGGUUCAAGGGACACGGAUGUAGAUACUUAGAUUUAUACCUCCUCCGUUUUCAGGGAAACCAUUUGGAACCUGCGAGUUGGAUUUCUUCAGGAGAGAGUCAUUAGCCAAUGGGAAAGCUUCACCAUAUGGAAUGCCGGGAAACAGGG